CAUUGACACGGCGGUCAUGCCGUUCGACCAACAACGCUACCUAGGUAGCUUCAUGCAGACCUUUUCCUGCGCGAUCACUUGCGCACAUCGGUCAGCGACCAUCAAAUGUUACAUGAGACGAGCGUCUAGCCCAGCUUCCUAAAGCGCUUGGAGGCUCUGCGCGCCACAUGAAAAUCCCCCUUUGAGGAGCUUUGAGCUAGAAGGAGCGGGCGACCACGUGGCCGAUCGAUUGCACAAGCUCAUCUAAGGUCAAGCUGGCUUCCAACGCAUAGCGACUGGGCGUAGUUCAUAGAGCCGGCAAAGAAAUCGCGGGAAUGGGGAACGCCACCAGAAAGUCUGGUAAUAAUAUACUGGGCGGCUUCACGUGGACUCAUGAGCUGUGCGAGAUCAAGCUGACCGGUACCAGGGAGCACCAAUCAUGGACAAUUCUCAACCGCCCCCAUUGUGCUUACGAGGCUUAUGUCUUGGCAAGGCGGACAAACACCAGCACACACAUAUGCAGAGACGACUGCCGAUGGAGUCUUUUAGAAUUCUCACACAAUCCCUGAAGUUCAUCCUCAUGUUCAGCUCCUUCUCUACAAAACUCAUGCGGCGUAAACGCUAUCCGAUAUACGCUGAAGAUACCGGAUCAGAACUUCAACACCUUACUCAGGCGCGGACGUCGCAUCCCGAACCUUUGAACAGCUUCAGAUCUAAGUUCAUCACAGGAUGGAGAUUCGGAGUCAUCAACUGCGCGGUCGCAGCCUUGAUAGUCUUUGUUAUCAACCUGAUCGCCACCAUAACAUGGGCUUCUCAUGCUGAUAGCGGUGUGCUGUUCAAAGGCAAUUGCGAUCGUGCGCGAAAACUCAACUCUGUCCUUCACAUCAUCAUUAACGUAUUGAGUACAAUCUUGCUGUCUUCGUCCAACUACGUUAUGCAGUGUCUAUCUGCACCCACGCGUAAAGAGGUCGAUAUUGCCCAUGCUCAAGCACAAUGGUUGGACGUUGGUGUCUUGAGCGUCCGAAACCUAUAUCGCAUCAGCAAGAAGCGCGUUUUCCUUUGGUCGGCGCUUGCGCUCUCCUCGCUGCCUCUCCAUCUUUUUUAUAACUCGGUCGUGUAUCUAUCUCUUGUAGCUUACAGCUACGAAGUAUACGGUGUUCGAGAGAACUUUAUCAACAGCCCCGAUUGUCUAGGCUGUGUAGACCCUAUCAGUGGCCUUGAUUUCGACUUCACCCAGGAAAUACACCAAAAGCUCCGCGAGAAGCGCUUCGAGAAGCUGGAUAACGUUGAUUGCAUUGAUGCAUACGCAACAACCUUCCAAUCGAAUAGAGGUGAUUUACUUCUAGUGGCGAAAUCCGAUGACAUCGAGUGGAAAGACGAUCAAAAGAACAACGAAAACUCAGCAGUAUUCUGGCGCUAUUCAUUCGAAAGUGCUUGGGAAUAUGAGCCUCAAGAUACUUUCGAGUGGAUGUGUUCGGGUGUUAGGCAUGAAUCGGGGUUCUUGCCGGAAGAAAAGUCGUGCGACGCAGUCGUAGAGCGCAUCAGGAAUUCCGCUCAAAAUUGGACCAUAGCAGGAGACUACGAGGAUGGUAGUACCAAUUUUGGAUUUCGCUACAUGAAAGGCCCCAUACAAUACUGUUUGCGAGAAAACAUCGAAUCGGACUGUCGAGUUCUAUGGAGCGUUCCCAUCGCGUCACUGGUAACAGGGCUAAAUCUCCUGAAGGCUAUACUGAUCCUCUACACGGCUCUUCGCAUUCGUGAGCAACCGCUAAUGACCAUGGGCGACGCGAUUGUCUCAUUUCUGCAGCAACCUGACUCUUCGACUAUGAACAUGUGUCUUGCUUCAUCCAAGAACAUUAGAAGUGCCAAAAGCAACUUCAUCGCUGGCCCGAAGAGAUGGAAAGCCCGGAAAUAUAAGUGGAAGGACACGACAAGUCUUACCCGUCGUAUCAUCACUUUUGUCAUGCUGCUCAUUUCAAUAGCAGCGGUAGGAGGACUGCUAGCUUAUGGGUUGUUUUGGCUCCGCUCUGGCAAAAGUCACUCCCUCAGCAAUCUCGCUGCGUUGGGUUUUGGUGCCAUCGACGCUCGAACACUGAUUGAGUAUCCAAGACAUCACAAUGUCGACACCAUCAUAGGCAACACUUUGAUAGCGAACGCGCCACAGGUUGUGCUCUCGGGGAUAUACUUCUCGUACAAUAGCUUAUUGACUUGUAUGCUUCUGGGCAAAGAGUGGGCAUCAUAUGCAUACGUCCGAAAGGGAUUGAGGAUUUCCAGCGAACCAAGAGGAUCGCAAAGGUCGACAUACUUUCUAUCGCUACCGUACCGAUUUGCGAUACCACUCAUGGCGACAAGUGGAUUGAUGCAUUGGAUGAUUUCUCAAAGCAUCUUUUUUGCUGCUAUCGAGUUCUAUGACGAUAAUGAUAGCGGGCCAUCAGAUUGGCGAUAUACAUGCGGCUACUCUCCAAUCGCCAUGAUAUCGGUGAUCAUAGUUGGGAGCCUCAUGCUCAUCAUUGGCGUUGGAGUAGGCUUUGUUCCUUUGCGAUCGGGAACGAAUCUAGUUGGCAGUUGUAGUGCGGCCAUGAGCGCAGCCUGUCAUUUGUCGGCCACUGACAAGGAGAGGAGCGAUGAGAUUAUCCUUGAGAAAUUGAUGUGGGGUGUUGUCGGGUCACGAUCAGGUGGAGUGGGCCAUUGUUCUUUCUCCGUCGAGGCCGUGGAGAAGCCUCAGGAAGGCGAACUAUAUGCCGGGCCGUGUGCGCAGGUCUUCGCGGUGAACAAAGAGACGAAAUCGACGGUUACAUAGAUGAUACUUAAGCGAGCUUGGGUAGUCGCUGGAAUUGUGUGUUUCUGAUCAAAAGGGAUGGAGCCAUUGCUUGGACUCUCUUUCGGAUGCCGGACGGACGGCUUGCCUAAGCGUGCGCUGACCAGCAUUAUCUCCACCUUUCGGAAGCGGGUCCGGCUACCAACCACCCUGUUUCGGCUCAUAACUAGCACAUUCACGCG